AAGGGGGGGGGGCAGAAAGUGCUACCCCGCAGGUUCAUCUGGGAUUCCCACCAGCAGAAGGAGCCGCUCGGCUGUGCGGUUUCAUUUUCUAGUAACUUGUUCGUGAUGCUGUUUUGUAUUUUUUUGAGAAUCGCGUUUGUUCUUGUUUGUUUUUUUUGCAUGAUAUUUGACCUGCUCUUGGUUAAUGAUUUGCCUACUUCCUGAUCAAUUAAGUAAUUUAUAAUUUUCAAAACAAUUCUGCUUCUGCAAUCUGAAGGAUUCACAAUGCCCCCCGGAGCUUACACAGCAAGCUGACAUCUCUGUUUAGGGCUCGAGAGUGCUCAAGUCUAUGUAAACCUGUCCAGGUAGUUCUGUUGAUCUGAACCUCAUCCGCACACAGCCAGCUGAAAAACAAAGAGGUCUGCAGAAGGAAGCCAGCUGUCUCCAGAGCUGUCAGUGCGAUUAAACAUUAAACUGGUGCUUUCCUGCAGGCAGCACUGCAGAUAAAGAGAUCUUUAUAUCCCUAGCUGGUGCACCUUGAACCUCUCCUCCCUCUUGCCUCAGCAAAACUCACGGCUCUCAGCACGACGUCAAACAUGAAGCACAAAACAGUUUCAGUACCUGACGUGACAAAUUGGUUUGGACUUUAAAGAUGGGAUGUUUCGCUGCAGUGUGUCAGUGACACAUGAACUGAGCUGUUUCCAAACUCUCUCUUUGCGUUUCCAGGCUUCGAGGACGGCAUGGAGCUAACACAAAAGUUUACCUUCAACCCCAAGGUGGGUAUUGACAACCCAGCCCUGGUAACAACGGAUGAUACAGAGAUGGUCUGCCGCCCUGUCCCCCGGCUCUGUCGGCUGUGCCGCUCGGAGGGCGAGAGUUUCGGGUUCUACCUGCGCAUGGAGCUGGGCUGCGCGGGCCACGUGAUCAGGCAGGUGGAGCCGUGGAGCGUGGCGGAGCGCAGCGGGCUGAGGGAUGGGGACAGGCUUCUGGAGAUCAACGGGGACUUCGUGGAUCACAUGGAGCACAGCAAGAUCGUGCAGAAGAUCCAUGCGAGCGGGAGGCAGGUGUCGUUCCUGGUCCUGGAGGGCAGUGAUUUCGAGCGGGCGCGGUGGCAGGGGGUGGACCUGCGGGCUCUGGCCCGGGAGCACAGCGGGGGGGAGCAGUGCGCCAGGCCCCGGCUCUGCCACGUCACGCGAGACCACCAGGACGGGCUGGGCUUCACGGUCGCCGCAGUCGAGGGCUCGAAGGGCAGGUUCUCCCUCACUGUGACGAGUGGGGGCCCGGCGGAGAAGGCAGGGGUGCGGACGGGAGACAGGCUGAUCUGGAUCAACGGGGACCACGUGGCAGACCUGACCCACUGUGCUCUCAACAAGAUGGUGAAGAAGUGUGGGGACGGCGUCACGCUCUUGGUGCUCGACAGCGAGAGCGAGGAGCAUUACAGGAAGCGCGGGAUUGUGGUCGUGCCGGCCAUGGCAGGGGAACACAACCUGCCCCACCGGCCCCGCAAGCUGUACCUGGUGAAGGGGCCCUCGGGGUACGGCUUCCGACUGGGCCAGGAGAGGCUGCCAUUAAGGCGGAUAGCUCACUUCAUGCGCGAGGUGGACCCGGACAGUCCCGCGGAGGGGGCAGGGAUGCAGGACGGAGACCGUCUCCUGGCGGUGAACGGGGACCCCGUGGAGGGGCUGGAGCACGAGGACAUCGUGACCCGGGUUCGAAAGAGCGGCCGACAGGUCACGCUCACCGCCAUCGACAGCCAGGGCAGCGAGUUCUACUCGCAGCUGGGCCUGACUCCGCUGCUCUUCUCUGAGGACAGUGACCCCGUCACACCCCUGCAGGAGGAGACCCCAGCUCUCACAGCGCCCCCUGUGGAGAACCUCCAGGAACCGCAGGCUCCACUGGCCAAGCCGCGGCUGUGCCACCUGGAGAAGGGCAUCGCCGGCUUCGGAUUCAACCUCCGCUCGAUCCUGGACGAACCCAGCAUCUUCAUAGGACAGGUGGCUCAGGGCAGCCCAGCGGAGAGGGCAGAGCUCCGAGAGGGGGAUGUGGUGGUGGAGGUGAAUGGGGUGAAUGUGGAGUCGGAGUACAUCGAAGACGUGGUGGGGAGAAUGAAGGAGGGAGGGAGUCAGCUCACUGUGCUGGUGCUGGGCCCCGUCGAGUACCAGCAGUACAAACAAAGUGGAACCCCGAUCACUGCGGACCUCGCUGUCGGCAAACAGGCAGAAAAACCUGAACCCUCCAGCAAGUCAUUCCUGUGAUAAUCCAUCAUUAAUGUGGCAGGAAACAAACAGGGACCUGCUGUAGAACAAUGUGAUGUCUUGACACCAACGAGAAACACUGCAGACCCAAACUGCAAACCAAUCUCUGCAAUAAAGAAAGAAGCUGAUCUGGAUCUCCCAGACCCUGACUGUGAACAUUACUCCACUGAUUAUUAAUCAAACCUUCAUCGUCCGUCACACCUGCCCCUGGAUAGCAGCUCUAUAAAGCAGAACACACGGGCCUUUGCAACUCUGCCGAGCCUAAUGCUACCCACACAAUGCAUACUGCCUUUUUACUGGUCUCAUCUCACUCCUUGUACGCAGGAUUCGAACCUGUGCUGUCUUACAGUAUUUCACAGAUUGUAGCUGCAAUGUGUUUAUGUUCCAGCAGGUGGCUAGGGCUAAUGCGGGAUGCAUGCGUAAUUAGUGUACUGUCCUGCAAAUGGCUGGAACCAAUGUUGAAAGAGACUGUCCAGCAAAAUGACUAGAAUUAAAGAAUGAUUUUGUAUUUGUUUAUUUCAAUGAGAAACAUAUAUUGUGUGUAGAGCAGCUGUAUAUUUUACACUAGUAAUGACACCGCUUCUAAACGUUUACUGUAAAACACGCCUAUUGGGUCCUGUGCUGAGCAGGGCUGAGCCCAGCUGCGAGUUCAUAAAUGUUCUGUAGAAAACAAUCUGUCACUCUGUCGCCCUCUCCUGAAUCUGAGUGGUACUGCACCCUCUUCAUCUUCCUGUGAAGCUGGCAAAAAUGUGUUCAGCGCGUUGAUUUCAGAUAAGAUUCAUCACCUACUUUUAAACAAUGCAAUGUCUAUAAUAUCGUCUGUAAUACUGAAAAUGUGCAAUAUUUUUGUUUGUUUUAUGAUUGUGUCUUGCAUAAUUUGAAAUGUAAAUGUAUGUAAGCUGUGUAACAUUGCUCCACAUCGGUGUAUGAAGAACGCAUAACAUUAUUCCAGAUUGUAUUGUGUCGUUGUUAUUUAAUCUUGAAAAACAGGUCUUUAAAUAAAUACAAUUAAUGCAUUUGAAACGUGA